UCAUCUUAUCUCACUAUGGUAUCAUCAAUAUUAUUUUCUAAAUCUCUAUUCUGUGUUUCUGUAUUGGAAAUUUCAUCUUCUUCUUCAGCUUCACCAACUCCUAGCUUGUGGUUUGCACCAAAUCUCAGUAAAAGAUGGGGCGAACUCUUCUUUCUUCUCUACACUCCUUUUUGGCUUUCUCUUUCUCUUGGCAUUGUUGUUCCUUACAAGCUUUACGAGAAUUUUACUGAAUUGGAGUAUUUACUUCUUGGGUUAAUCUCAGCAGUUCCUGCUUUCCUCAUUCCCAUGCUGUUCGUUGGUAAGGCUGAUAAAGGCAUAUCUUGGCAGGACCGUUAUUGGGUAAAGGCCAGUCUAUGGAUAAUAAUCUUCAGUUAUGUUGGGAAUUAUUUCUGGACUCAUUACUUUUUCACAGUUCUGGGUGCAUCUUAUACCUUUCCUUCAUGGAAAAUGAACAAUGUACCACACACAACAUUCCUGCUCACUCAUGUUUGCUUCCUCUUUUAUCAUGUUGCAUCGAACAUGACACUGCGCCGAUUACGGCAUUUUCUUGCUGAUACGCCAGAAAAAAUUCGGUGGGCUGCUGAAGCUGCAUGGAUUCUUGCCCUUGCUUAUUUUAUAGCAUACCUGGAGACAUUAGCCAUUUCCAAUUUCCCUUAUUAUGAAUUUGUGGAUCGAGAAUCUAUGUACAAAGUUGGAUCAUUGUUUUACGCAAUCUACUUUAUCGUGAGCUUCCCAAUGUUUCUAAGGAUUGAUGAGAAGCCUGGCGACAAAUGGGACUUGCCAAGAGUGGCUGUUGAUGCUUUGGGUGCUGCAAUGCUGGUCACAAUAAUACUUGAUUUGUGGCGCAUCUUUCUGGGUCCAAUUGUUCCAGUCUCAGAAGCAAAACAGUGUUCUCCAACAGGAUUACCCUGGUUUUCAACACACGCCAAUCUCACAUGAGAAUUACAUGGAUAGAACUCAGGAAAUGGAGACAGUAUGGUUUCCACUACACACCAAAUCAAUCCAAAAAUGUUGAUCGUUAUGUGUGGAAAAUCUGCAGAAAAAACAAACUUGGACUAUCCUUGUAUUUAAUGGUUGCAGUGCCAAAUUUCUGAUCAGAUUGUAUGUUGUGUUUGUUGUUUGUAGUGCUUUGAUGUUGUAUCAGGAAAUAGCCAAUGCAUUAACGUUAAUGCAACAUGUUAGAUCUCUAAUUUACGUUAAUGCAACAUGUUAGAUCUCUAAUUUAUUGUCAGUAAAAUAGUUUAUGAAAAGACAAAAAUGGUGAAAUUUAUUUU